GUCAACUAACAAAUUUAAAGUUUGUUUCGUCAUUUCGUGAUAUAUUUUGUUUAAUUUAAGAGACUUAAAUAAUAUUUUCACGAUGCAAGCAUUUCUAAAAACUGGUAAAAUUUCAAGUGCAGAUAAACCUUCUUCAUCUGGAGUCAAAUCAGUAAAAAAGAAACCUCCAGCGCCAUGGGUUGAAAAAUACCGGCCGAAAACAAUAGACGACAUCGUUGAUCAAACAGAGGUUGUUCAAGUUCUUCGCGAGUGCUUGGCGGGAGGAGACCUACCGCACUUGUUGUUCUAUGGUCCGCCAGGAACAGGCAAAACGAGUGCAAUUCUCGCAGCUGCGCGUCAGCUCUUCGGGGAUAUUACUCGUGAUCGCGUCCUUGAACUUAACGCAUCAGAUGAACGUGGUAUCCAAGUGAUAAGAGAUAAAGUUAAAUCAUUUUCACAACUUACAGUCAGCAGUACAAGGCCCGAUGGUAGGCCAUGCCCCCCCUACAAGCUGGUAAUACUAGAUGAAGCGGACUCUAUGACGACAGCGGCACAGGCAGCGCUGCGUCGUACCAUGGAAAAAGAGACUCGCACAACUCGUUUUUGUCUCAUUUGCAACUACGUCUCUAGAAUCAUACCACCUAUUACAAGCAGAUGUUCUAAAUUUAGAUUUAAACCACUUGCACGAGAAAAUGUUAUAAAGAGACUACGGGAUGUUUGUGAAGCAGAAGGUGUAGAUGUAGGCGAUGGUGAGAUCUUACAUGAGGCAGUUGACACAUGUGAAGGUGACCUGCGUCGUGCACUCACAGCUUUACAGUGCUGCCAGCGCUUAAUUGGAAAGAUUACCUCUGAUGGAUUAAUUGAGGUAACAGGGCUUGUACCUCAAAAACUGACCGAUGAGUACCUCGGCAUCAAAAACUACAGUGAAUUAGAGAUAUUUGUUGAAAAUUUCCUCAUGGAAGCAUAUUCAGCGUCACAGCUCUUGGAACAACUGAGCGCUACCGUGGUGAAUGCUGGUCAUCUCACUAACAAACAGAAAUGCGUUAUAAGUGAAAAAGUCGCCGUGUGCUCGUAUCGGCUGCUGGAUGGCGGCGCGGAAGUCAUGCAAUUAACCGAUUUAGGUUGCACGAUAAUUAUGGCAAAUAAUGAUCCAUAAUUAUUAUUCCAUUAUAAAUUCACAUUUUGGUGUUAUUUCGAAUGUAAUUUCAUGAGCGAAUUAUGUUUAUCAAGUAAGGAAAAAUAACAUUUG